UUUUUUUUUUAGAUUCUUGAUGUGUAAAAAUCCAAAACGAGGUCUAUCUGUGGGCACUAUCCAUAAAAGAAUAUAUAACGCUAAAAGGUAAAUUCGACCCGACCGAUCUUGUUACCUGAAAGGCAAUUACCCGGUUUAAUUUUUAAUCAUUUAUUGCAGUCAUGCUUCAUUGGCCCUGCAUACACGUACAAUUAUCUUCAGAAAUGGCUACCACCACAGCAACUGAAACCACAACUUCUUCACCUUCCUCAGCGUACGAUCGACAAGUGGAACUCAAAGCUUUCGACCAAACAAAAGCCGGUGUCAAAGGCCUCAUCGAUGCCGGAAUCACACAGAUCCCUCGCAUCUUCAUCCACCCACCAGAAACCUCCACCAAAACAACCACGGCUUUGGAGAUUCCAGUCGUAGACCUCGGAUCCAGAGAUAGAACAUCAACGGUGCAGAAGAUCCGCGCAGCCUCGGAGAAUCUUGGGUUUUUUCAAGUUGUGAAUCACGGGAUCCCCGUGAGUGUUAUAGACGAGAUGCUUCAAGGAGUUCGUAGAUUUCACGAACAAGAUGUGGAGGUGAAGAAAGCGUUUUACACGAGGGAUCUUUCGAGACCAGUGGUGUAUAAUUGCAAUUUCGAUCUGCUCAGUUCCCCCGCAGCGAACUGGGGAGACACCUUUUAUUCAUUUAUGGCUCCAUCACCUCCGCCACCUGAGGAAUUGCCGGAGGUUUGCAGAGACAUACAAAUAGAUUACUCGAAUCGUGUGCUAAAACUUGGCAGCUUACUGUUCAUGAUGAUCUCCGAGGCCUUGGGGUUGAACGCAAGUCACUUGGGAGAUAUGGACUGUGACAAGGUGCUUUUAUUCGCUGGUCAUUAUUAUCCAGUUUGUCCACAACCAGAGCUAACCAUGGGAACAGCCAAACACACAGAUGGUGGAUUCAUAACUGUGCUUCUACAAGAUGAAAUAGGAGGACUUCAAUUCCUCCAUCAAAACCAAUGGAUUGAUGUUCCUCCAAUUCCUGGUGCGCUUGUGAUCAACAUUGGGGAUUUAUUACAGGUGAUGUCGAAUGACAAACUGAGGAGUGUGGAGCAUAGAGUGGUGGCAAAUAAGAAUGGGCCGAGAGUUUCGGUGGCAUGUUUCUUCGGAUCCUCCGUAGCACCAUCACAGAAGGUGUACGGACCUAUCAAGGAACUUGUUUCAGAUGACAACCCUCCGAGGUACAGAGAAACCACCGUUCAUGAGUACAGUCAAUAUUCAUUUUCUAAGGCCCUCGAUGGUGUUCCUCGUUUGCUUCAUUUGAAGCUUUAGAUUAUAUUACAAAUUUCUAUAUACCCACUAGCUAAGAUAUCCUUAUCAAAAUCGUUGUGAAAAUAUGAAAAAAUUUAUGUUACUUAGGGGAUAAAAAAAUAUAUUUUUUUA